AUGCCGUGCUCGCCGUCUCCCAUGAACCUAGCUGCCACCGCCACGUUUGCCUUUGCGUCUGCGUCUUCGGCGACAUUGCGCGUGGCUCGCCGCCUACUGUUGCCCACCCUGGCGCCCCCCACCGCUUCUUCCUCUUCCUCGCGCGCACCACGGACACCCCUCCCCAUCCCGCCCCUCUCGUCCCCCUCGUCCCUGGCCCAUUUUGCCUCCCAAACAAAACAUCUUUCUUCGUCGUCUACGUCCUCUCCCAGGAUUCAGUCCAAGCUCCAUUCUACGGCAUCACAUCGUGCUGCCCAAUUAUCCCGCCAGUUGAAUACGUCCACAUCCACGUCCACGCCUGCGCCUGCGACCCCCGCCAUGUCGUACUCCAUCAGAAAAAUCGGUGCUGUCAACACCCUGGAGCACCGUGUGUACAUUGAGAAGGAUGGUGUCCCUAUUUCGCCUUUCCACGAUAUCCCCCUCUACGCCAACGAGCAACAGAACAUCCUGAACAUGAUUGUCGAGAUCCCCCGCUGGACAAACGCCAAGCAGGAGAUCUCCAAGGAUGAAUUCCUGAACCCCAUCAAGCAGGACGUCAAGAAGGGUAAGCUUCGUUACGUCCGCAACUGCUUCCCUCACAAGGGCUACCUCUGGAACUACGGCGCUUUCCCUCGUACCUGGGAAGAUCCCAACGUCGUCCACCCCGAGACCAAGGCUAAGGGUGACAACGAUCCCUUGGAUGUGUGCGAAAUUGGUGAGCUUGUUGGCUACACUGGUCAGGUCAAGCAGGUCAAGGUCCUCGGUGUCAUGGCUCUUCUCGAUGAGGAGGAGACCGACUGGAAGAUCAUCGUCAUUGACAUCAAUGACCCUCUUGCCCCUAAGUUGAACGACAUUGAAGAUGUUGAGCGUCACCUACCUGGUCUUCUCCGUGCCACCAACGAGUGGUUCCGUAUCUACAAGAUCCCCGAUGGAAAGCCCGAGAACCAGUUCGCCUUCUCUGGCGAAUGCAAGAACAAGAAGUAUGCUCUUGAUGUGGUUCGCGAGUGUGCCGAUGCUUGGGAGAAGCUGGUCACUGGUGCCAGCCCGAAGGGAGAUAUCAGCUUGGCCAAUGUCACCAAUGAAAUCUCCCCAGACCGUGUUGACAAGGCUGCCCUCUCCAAGAUCCCCGCCGGCGAGAACCUGCCACCUGCCCCUAUUGAUGGCAGCGUCGACAAGUGGUUCUUCAUCUCGGGUGCUGCUGUCUAA